AUGGCUCGCCAUGCUCAGCUAACCCAAGUGCAGCAGGAGCAGGUGGGCGAUCUUUUCACGCUUGCUUCCAACAUUGUCAAGGGUCAGGGCUACAGUGAGGUGUCUGAGGAUCAGCUCCGCCUCAAGAAGAAGGCUGAGGAGCUUCGGGAGGAGUUGGAUGCUACGAAGAAGACCUUGGCAGCCACUGGUCGUGAGCUUGGCAUUGUCAAGAUGCAGAUAGAGGACGUCUUUACAAUGCGGCGCGUCUCCUUGCGGCAGACAAUGUCCACUUGA